GGUACAUUAAUUGUUGGCAUACUUGCAACCACUGCACUGCACUAUUGAUGACACAAGAGCCUGCAGCAAAAACAAGAUACUGUUGACUAUUUUAAACAUGGCUACACCAAAAAAGACAAGCCAAGAGCAGGUGAAUUUUGAGCAAGAAUAUGCUUUCAGAAGCGUGGAACUCUUCAAAACUGAGACCCUUGGUACUGGCUCUUAUGGGGCGGUGUGUAAAGCCAGGUGUGACCAACUUAUCUGUGCUGCCAAGCUACUCUAUCCAGUGCUCUUCCAAAUGAUUACCCCCGAUCCUGGCAAACAACACAGACAACCAAUGAAACGAUUUGAGCUAGAAUGUCGAUUUCUAAGCCUCAUCAACCACCCCAACAUAAUUCAAUACCUCGGGACCUAUCGCGACCCCGACACAAAUGCACCAGUUCUUCUCAUGGAGCUCAUGGACGAGAGUCUGACACACUUCCUGGAGUCAUCACCUGGAGAUAUUCCCUACCACAUCCAAGUCAACCUCUCCUAUGACAUAGCUCAAGCACUCGCCUUUCUCCACUCCAAUGAGAUCAUUCAUCGUGACCUCUCCAGUAACAAUGUCCUACUACUAGCAGGCCGUGCUAAAGUUGCCGAUUUUGGAAUGUCCAAAUUUGACACACACCUUGCAACGAUGACCACAUGCCCGGGAACAGCAGCGUACAUGUCCCCUGAGGCUCUAAACACGCCACCAGUGUACACGGAGAAGCUCGACAACUUUUCCCUCGGAGUACUCAUACUUCAAACUAUGACUAGAAAAUAUCCCAACCCCUCGGACCAAUUCAUCACUAAGGAGUUAGUCGAUCCGCACUUCCCCAGCCGUAAGAUAAAAGCAAAAGUUCCAGUGCCCGAGACAGAGAGAAGAGAAGCACACAUCAGUCUUACGGACAUCUUCAACCCUCUGCUACAAACAGCUCUAGAUUGCCUCGCAGAUAACGAAACUGACCGGCCAACUUCGAAGAAACUUUGUCAGAAAUUUGCUCUCUUGAAGGAAUCGAACAAAUACACUGAGAGUGCACAAAAAGAUAUGGGCAAACUAUUGAGAGAAAAAAUCUGUCAAAGCGAAGAACAAAAAGAGUUAAUAAAAGCUCAAAAACAAGAACUAGAAAUGAUUAAAAAACAAAAAGAAGGUGCAUUGGGUAUGAUACAGGAGAGUGCCAAAGAAGAAACCUGCACACCAGAACUAAAAGAACAUACAAAGCUCAAAGAAAUUCAACUUCAGUCUGCUAGACAACAGCUACGCACACAAGAUGACCAGCUAUUAAGAAAAGAUGACGAAAUUCAAGAAUUGAGAGCUGCACUACAGGAGAAAGAAAGAGCACUAGAACAGCUACAACAGAAGAGAGAUACUGCACGAGAACACAACACAACAGACAGGGGAUCAUUGCAUAAUAUAAUCACAACUGAAAGUACACCACCACAUCCUCUAAGUAACACCCACACAUACAGAGAAUCUCCUAGCAACACGCCCACUCACACCCCUAGCAGCACACCUAGCAGUACCCCAGUUGGAACUCCAACUGUUCCGAGGAAACGUACAGCUUGGAAAAGACCCAUCCCCCCUUGCCCCACCUUUCUCAAAGCCGGCUCAUCAGCUGUAUGUGGUAACGACGCUUACUUUAGAGGGGCAGGUAGCAACCAGGUUUACAAGUUUGACGCUUCCGAGAGGAGAUGGCGAUCGAUUGGUCAACACCCUUUCUUCGGAUUCACUCUAGUAGCCAUCGAGAACACGCUCACAACUGUGGGUGGAUUCAAUAAAGAAAGUUCAAACAAGCUAUUCGAUCUUGUCGACGGAAUCUGGGUCGAGAAUUUGCCAGAAAUGCCAACGAGCAGAGACAGGCCUGCAGCUGCGUACACAAACGGUUACCUCAUAGUAGCUGGAGGCAAGGAUGUACAUUCAGAGCCACUACAAUCUGUGAAUAUCCUACAGUUGGAUACCAAGCAAUGGGCCAAAGCUGCGGUACUACCAUUCCAAACACACCAUGCCUCGGCAACGAUAUGCGAGGACAAGAUCUACCUCACAGCUGGAGAUGACAUUGAAGAUCGCAAUUCUUUCGCGGUUUUGAGCUGCUCUAUUUCUGCUCUCUUGCAAAGUAGGCGGUCCCUAUCACUAGGAGCUAGACUAAAGAAAGCAUUACAGCCCUCGAACAAGGUGUGGCAAGCUAUAGCCGAUUUGCCCACUAGUCGGUCCUAUUUGGUAAACUCGGGCGAUCAACUUAUCGCUAUCGGUGGGUCAGACGUAACGGGAAAGAGUUCUAAGAAUGUGUACAAGUACGACAGCGUGAAUAACACCUGGAUCAUUGUGGUAACUAUGACCACAGGACGAAGCAGCUGCCUCGGAGCAGUGUUUAUGGAGAACCUACUAAUGGUGGUUGGAGGCUAUAAAUUGACCACAAAGGAAGCAGAAGCUGUCACAUUGUCAAAGAGAUUGAAGCGGUAUCACAGAGACUUCAAUAAAUCCAAUAUAAAUAUGAGCAAAGAAAAACCAGUCACUUAUCGACAGAAAACUAUGGCCUUCAAGAGCAUAGAACUCUUUAAGACUGAGACCCUUGGUACUGGCUCUUAUGGAGCAGUGUUCAAAGCCAAGUGUGACCAACUCAUCUGUGCUGCCAAGCUACUCUAUCCAGUGCUCUUCAAAGUUGACAUGAACAGUUCCAAGGAAAGCAAAAAUCAUCGACAACCAUUUCAACGCUUCAAGUCAGAAUGCCAUUUCUUGAGUGUAGUCCAACAUCCCAACAUUGUACAGUACUUGGGAACCUAUCGUGAUCCUGAUACAAAUGCACCAGUUCUUCUCAUGGAGCUCAUGGACGAGAGUUUGACACACUUCCUGGAGUCAUCACCUGGAGACAUUCCCUACAACAUUCAAGUCAACUUCUCCUACGACAUAGCUCAAGCACUUGCCUUUCUCCACGCCAACGACAUUGUCCAUCGCGACCUCUCAAGCAACAACGUCCUUCUCUUGGCAGGUCGUGCAAAAAUUGCGGAUUUUGGAAUGUCUAAAUUCGAAACCAGUUUUGCGACGAUGACCACAUGCCCAGGAACAGCAGUGUACAUGUCCCCUGAGGCUCUAAACGUGCCACCAGUGUACACAGAAAAACUGGAUAUGUUCUCGCUCGGCGUUCUAAUGAUUCAAAUCAUGACGAGAGAAUUUCCUCAACCAGCCCCCCGAUUGGCCACCAAAGAGGUUAUCGAUCCGAGCAAUCCAGGGCAGAGAAUUACAGCAUUGAUUGUAGUAACGGAACACCAAAGAAGAUACGAACAAGUCAGCCGAGUCAAUUUGACACAUCCACUACUGCCGUUAGCUCAACAAUGCAUUAGAGAUAACGACAUCACACGACCAUCGGCGACAGACUUGUGUGGAAUUCUAACAUGCAUGAAAGAAUCGACAAAGUACAAAACAAGCGCGUUUGAUGGGGUUCACAAUCAACAAAGAGAAAAACAACUGAUGGAUAAAAUUACAAAAUUGAAGGAAAGUUUUGAAAAAAAAGAAACAGAGCAGAGAAAAAAAGAUCAAAAGCUGAAAGAAAUGACAGAAAUGUUAAAAACCGCAAAAAAUGAAAUACAACAGUUGAAAGAGAAAUCAGAAGUACAGAAGAAAACAAGGACAAGAAAAGAUGACUACCUAAUACACAGUCUCCCCGUACAAAUUGAUGAAGCAGAAAUCCUCGAAAGACAGACACGACACAGUGCAGGAGUAAUCAGUCCAAUGUUGAGUCUUCCACCGAGCCCCCUCCCCUCACCCACACAGAGACUAGGAGAAUGGGGUCCGUUAUCAGAUUGUCCCAUCAACGUACAGGCUGGUAGCUCCACUGUAGUCGGCAACAAGGCUUACUUCCAAAACAAAGAUACCGGAGCCAUUGUGGAGUAUGAUAGUGUCAAUGGACAGUGGUGCAUUAUUCCGUUCCAUUCGUUGAAACAAUGCGGCCUGGCGUGCUUUGAAAGUACUCUGACAACAGUAGGUGGUUACGACGCUCAGUCUAUGCCUUCAAACAAGCUUUUUAGCCUCGUCGACAACAAAUGGAAGGAAAAUCUACCAUCCAUGCCAACUAAACGCGAUUCUCCUGCUGUUAUUUCCACAUUAACUUCUCUUAUCGUAGCCGGGGGAAGAAAUCGAUUCCAAACCCCCAUCAAAGCAGUUGAGGUUUUAGGACUGAGCUCUAAGCAGUGGACAGUGGCUACAGCACUUCCGUUUCUAGCCUGCCAUUCAUCAGCUGUUGUACACGACGGGUACAUGUACAUAACGUCAGGGGAGGGCGGUUACAAUCACCCUCAGUAUUCGGUCAUUAAAUGCUCUAUUGACGUACUUCAAAAUCAAGAAAAUGAACCUAUCUACACGAACGCAGCGAGAGUGCUAGCUACUCAAAUUCGAAGAAACUGGGAGUUUGUUUCAGAUCUACCGAUACAGCACGCGCAAUUAGCGGAAGUCAAUGGUCACCUGCUAGCACUUGGAGGUUCAAAUCCACCCAAAGCACAUUCUCCGAACCCCCAGGCAAAAGGAACACAGGCCGUGUACGAGUAUAACUCGGUUCAGAACACAUGGAACCGUAUCAGUCACAUGACUACGAGUCGGCAUCGUUGUCUUGCCGCUGUUGUGCCGGGUAAUAAGGUGAUUGUCGUGGGAGGAAUUCCAACAGGCAACGAACGAUCGAAAUCUACCGAGUACACAAAACUAGAUAACUGAACUAUUCAUUACUAU